GCUCCCUCCGGUGUUUACGCACAGCCAGCCAGUACGAGAUGGAAGGAAACAUGGCAAUGACAAUUAACCUAAACCAUGUCCAGAUGCCACAAAAAGAAGAGGGGGAGAAAGAAGAAGACCUGUCCGUGUCUAGAUCUGACAGGUAUAUAUAAAUAGUUGAUAUAUGUUUCAGGCUAACAAAGAGCAGUACAGAGACACGCCGAAGAUUAACCGGCUAAGCCAACGACAGAUGGGGUGGCAUGGCUAGCCAGCUAGCUAGCAUUAGUCAUGCCACCACACAAAGCUAGUGUUUCUUUGAAAUAAGUUCAUUUAUGUAAGCCUAUACUCAAUAUCUCAGCUUGACUGUUGGAAGCCAGAUAAGUAGGUUGCCUAGUUAUGUUGAAUGUAGUAAAUUAAUCAGAUGGCUGCAUUAGCUAGCUAAUGCACCAUCACGUACUCGUGGCAGUGAAUAUGGGUGCAGUGAUUCAGAUGCCUAGUUAGCAUUGUAGCGGAGCAGCAACAAUAUGAACGUCCAGGUGUUAAGUUAAAUAGUUGGCUUCAUCUCUUCGUCGCCUCUCCUACACUACACUUACGUGAACUUGUCAUGUGAGAAUGUAUACCUGAUAGGCCUUGAAUGACCAAAUUUGCUUUCACAUGUCCUGUCAUGUCUUCUUCAGAUCAGGACAGAUGAAGAGGAAGAGUAGGUAAGGAAACCACUUUUAGACAUGAAACAGCCCAGCUGUUGUCACACAUUUAAUUUCUACACUAUUUGGCCAAAUGAUGACAGCCUCACUCAUGCAAGUACCUGCCCAAUGCCCACAGGCAGCAGUGUGAUUUCCUGGAGAGGGUGGUCAAGGUUUCAUCCUUCUCCCUCACCCCCACAGACAGUAAAACUAGUGUUGGCUGUGUGUGUUUCAGUCAACACAGUUUCUGAUAAUUGAUGUACUGGUUUUUACUUAGACUGCUCCUUUAUAAACAACACACCAUCGCAGCUUAUUGUGAAAUAGACACAAAUUACUUAUUUGAAAUUCGUGACUGGCACACAAAAGUCCACUUUUUCAUGUGUUUAUUUAUUUUUAUUUCACCUUUAUUUAACCAGGUAAGCCAGUUGAGAACAAGUUCUCAUUUACAACUGCGACCUGGCCAAGAUGAAGCAAAGAAGUGUGAUAAAAACAACAACAGAGUUACAUAUGGGAUAAACAAAAACAAAACGUACAGUCAAUAACACAAUAGAACAUUUAUAUACAGUGUGUGCAAAUGUAGUAAGUUAUGGAGGUAAGGCAAUAAAUAGGCCAUAGUGCAAAAUAAUUACAAUUUAGUAUUAACACUGGAGUGAUAGAUGUGCAGAAGAUAAUGUGCAAAUGUGUAUUACACGGUUUUCAUCACAAUGCAUUUUGUGUGUAUUACACAAUUUUCUUUCUUCAUAACGCAUUCGUGUACAUUACACAAAUUCCAAUUUGUUGUGGCUAACGUUAGCUAGGCUAGGAGUUAAGGUUAGGUUUAGGGUUAGUUAACAUGCUAGAUAAGUAGUUAAAGGGUUAGGUUAAAGGGUUAAGGUUAGGGGAAGGGUUAUCUAACAUGCUAAGUAGUUGCAAAGUAGUUAAGAAGUAGUAAGUAUACUGAACAACAAUAUAAACACAACAUGUAAAGUGUUGGUCCCAUGUUUCAUGAGCUGAAAUAAAAGAUCCCUGAAAUGUUCCAUACGCACAAAAAGCUUAUUUCUCUCAAAUUUUGUGCACAAAUUUGUUUACAUCCCUGUUAGUGAGCAUUUCUCCUUUGCCAACAUAAUCCAUCCAAUUGACAGGUGUGGCAUAUCAAGAAACUGAUUAAACAGCAUGAUCAUUACACAAGUACACCUUGUGUUGGGCACAGUAAAAGGCCACUCUAAAAUGUGCAGUUUUGUCACAUAACACAAUACCAAAGAUGUCUCAAGUUUUGAGGGAGCUUGCAAUUGGCAUGCUGACUGCAGGAAUGUCCACCAGAGCUGUUGCCAGAUAAUUGAAUGUUCAUUUCUCUACCAUAAGCCACCUCAACUUAGUUUUAGAGAACUUGGCAGUACGUCCAACCGGCCUCACAACCGCAGACUACGUGUAAAAACGCCAGACAAGGACCUCCACAUCCGGCUUCUUCAACUGCGGGAUCGUCUGAGACCAGCCACCUGGACAGCUGAUGAAACUAAGCACUAUUUCAGUCUGUAAUAAAGCCCUUUUGUGGGGGAAAAAAUCAUUUUGAUUUGCUGUGCCAGGCUCCAAGUAGAAGUCCAUAGAUUAGGGCCUAAUUCAUUUCUUUCAAUUGAAUGAUUUCUUUAUAUGAACUGUAACUCAGUAAAAUCAUUGCAUGUUGCGUUUUUUAUUUUUGUCCGGUAUAGUUGCAAAGUAGCUAAUUAACGAAAAAUGCUAAAGUUAUCCGUGAUGAGAUUCGAACACACAACCUUUGAGUUGCUAGACGUUCGCGUUGUACAUACACUGCUCCAGAGUCCAAUGGCGGCGAGCUUUACACCAUUCCAGCCGACGCUUAACAUUGGGCAUGGUGAUCUUAGGCUUGUGUCCGGCUGCUCGGCCAUGAAAACCCAUUUCAUGAAGCUCCUGACGAACAGUGUGCUUGUGCUGCCGUUGCUUUUUGGAACUCGGACGUGAGUGUUACAACUGAGGACUAACUAUUUUUUCGCGCUUCAGCACUCGCCGGUCCCAUUCUAUGAGCUUGUGUGGCCUACCACUUCGCAGCUGAGCCGUUGUUGUUCCUAGAUGUUUCUACUUCACAAUAACAGCACUUACACUUGAUCGGGGCAGCUCUAGCAGGGAAGAAAUUUGACUAACUGACUUUUUGGAAAGGUGGCAUCCUAUGACGGUGCCACGUUGAAAGUCACUGAGCUCUUCAGUACGGGCCAUUCUACUGCCAAUGUUUGUGUAUGGAGAUUGCAUGGCUGUGUGCUCGAUUUUAUACACCUGUCAGAAAUGGGUUUGGCUGACAUAGCUGAAUCCACUAAUUUGAAGGGGUGUUCACAUACAUUUGGCCAUUUAGUGUAACUGUGGAGAACUACUGAUGAGGGCUCCUGAAAUGUAUGGACCCCCGUCUCUUCUCUCUCCACAGGCCAUAGGGCCUAGACAUUGUAAUCAAAUUGUCCAGAUCUUCAUGGGGCAGGUGUGAGCUCAAAUGGCGUCUCUGAUGGUAGAUAUGGAUAUGAUGGCUUUUGUGAGUGGAUGUUUGAAGUGAUUCGCCUCAUUAAUAAAUCAUAGCUGUAAUACAAUCCUCUUCAAUGGAGAAUCUCUACAAUAAUAAAAGGGUAUCCAGUGAAGAGGGAUAAAUUAUCAUGUUGAGGCUGAAUGUGUGCUGUCCUAACCUUUUUGUCCCUUGUGGUGUUUUCGUACCCCAGUGGCAGUAGAGAUGAUUCUCUGGACAGUCUUCGUAACCGCCCCCGCUGCCCUCUGACCCCCUCGCUCUCUCCACGGAAACGGACCACCAGCCAGAGCAAGACUGAGCCACCUCUCCUGAGGACCAACAAGAGGACCAUCUACACUGCAGGACGGCCCCCCUGGUACAAUGUCACUGGGACCACCUUCAAGGAGGCUUUCGUCAUUGGUAAGCGAGCUUACAUUUGACAUUGUAAUGACUCAUUACCUGUAAACUCAAACCCUAAACUUAACUCGAUGAACAUAAAUGACAUAAAAAGGAGUGGUUAGUCACCAAACCUGGUCCUGGAGAGUUGAUAGGUAGUGCAACUGGCAGUGUGGACAUUUUUAGAGAAUUUAAUUAUCCUGAAAUAGUGAAGGUUUUCAGAAAUCAUACAAUAAUGGCCUCUCAUCCUCAGUGCUCAGGGCAUCCUCCAUGCUAGCUUAACAAUUUUACACUUGGAUAAAAAUAAAAUGUUAUUUGUCACAUGCUUCGUAAAACAACAGGUUUGGACUAACAGUGAAAGGCCCUUCCCAACAAUGCAGAGAGAGAGAAAUUUAAAAGUAAAACACGUAAUAAUAGAUACACAAUGAGUAAUGAUAACUUGGCUAUAUACACGGGGUACCAGUACCGAGUCGAUGUGCAGGGGUACGAGGUAAUUGAGGUAGAUAUGUACAUAUAACUAGGAAUAAAGUGACUGAUUGUAAACAGUAGCAGCAGCGUAUGUGAUGAGUCAAAAAAAGUGUGUGCAAAAAGGGUCAAUGCAGAUAGUCCGGGUAGCUAUUUGGUUAACUAUUUAUCAGUCUUAUGGCUUGGGGUAGAAGCUGUUCAGGGUCAUGUUGGUUCCAGACUGUUCGUACCACUUGCUGUGAGGUAGCAUAGAGAACCGUCUAUGACUUGGGUGGCUGGAGUCUUUUACAAUUUUUCUGGCCUUCCUUUGACAACGGCCUGGUAUAGAUGUCCUAAAUGGCAGGGAGCUCGGCUCAAGUGAUGUACUGUGCCGUAAGCACUACCCUCUGUAGUGCCUUGCGGUCAGGUGUCUUGCAGUUGCCGUACCAAGCGGUAAUGCAGCCAGUCAAGAUGCUCUCAAUGGUGCAGCUGUAGAACUUUUUGAGGAUCUGGGGGCCCAUGGCAAAUAUUUUCAGCCUCCUCAAACAUAAGUUUGAAAAAAUUGAGAUGAGGUUUAGGCCAUAUCGCCCAGCCCUAGUUUGCAAACCCUGCCACAUACGAUGAGCGUCAGCGCUGGUGUAGUAGGAUUAUUUCUUAGUCCUACAUUGACGCUUUGUCUGUUUUGAUGGUUUGUCGGAGGGCGUAGCGGGAUUUCUUGUAAGCGUCCGGGUUAGUGUCCCGCUCCUUGAAAGCGGCAGCUCUAGCCUUAAGCUCAGUGUGGAUGUUGCCUGUAAUCCAUGGCUUCUGGUUGGGAUAUGUAUGUACGGUCACUUCCGCAAUGAGCGCGUCACAAGUACUUCCUGUUUGAGUUUUUGUUUGUAAGCAGGAAUCAGCAGGAUAGAGUUAGGUCAGAUUUGCCAAAUGGAGGGCAAGCUUUAUAUGCGUCUCUGUGUGUGGAGUAAAGGUGAUCUAGAGUUUUUUUUGCCUCUAGUUGCACAGGUGACAUGCUGGUCGAAAUUAGAUAAUGCAGGAAAACUGAAAUCUGUUUUCAGAUCCCUGACCACUAGGAGCGCUGCCACAGGAUGAGCAUUUUCACGUUCGGCUUAUGGCCCUAUACAGCUCGUUGAGUGCGGUCAUAGUGCCAGCAUCGGUUUGUGGUGGUAAAUAGACUGCUUUGAAAAAUAUAGAUGAAAUCUCUUGGUAAAUAGUAUGGUCUGCAGCUUAUCAUGAGGUAUUCUAACUCAGGUGAGCAGAACCUCGACACUUCCUUAAUAUUAGAAAUCACGCACCAGCUGUUGUUAAUGAAGAGAUACACACCACCCCCCUUGAGAUUACCCAACGCUGCCGUUCUGUCCUAGAAAAAGACAGCUAGAAUAUUAUCCAUGUCCUUGUUCAGCCAAGUUUCUGAGAAACAUAGGGUAGUACAGUUCUUUGGCCUCUAUAUCGGUCAGGGGUGAGCAGUUUGUCCUUUGCAGCCGACUCAUUGAAGUAGAAAUCUUCAUCCAAUUCAAGGUUAGUGAUCUCCGUUCUGAUGUCCAGAAGCUCUUUUCGGUCAUAGGAAACGAUGGUGGAAACAUGUAAAAAGAAAAGUUAAGAUGAGUGCCAAAAAAAAACAAACACAAAAUAGCAGAAUUGGUCUGGAGCCUGUAAAACGGCCGCUAUACAUUCCAGCGCCAUUCUUCUGAAGAUGUGCCCUGGUCGAUGAUUCCCGUAAAAAGGCCAUCCUGCUGGUCUGCUCUGGCCAGCACUCUGCUACUGGAGGAAAUAGUAGGAAGUCUGCCUCAGAGGUCAAAGAGGAGAGAAUGAGGAGAGGCCAAGUGAGAGAGAAAGAGAGCACAUAAAAGGAGUUUGACAUUUUCUCUGGUUAACAAUUCCAGACAGAUUUAAUGUCAUUUAGGGGAUGGGUUGCUUCAUGGUCUGUGUCAGUCAGUCUGAUGGCUGGUUUUCAUUGUUGUGACAACAUAGCUAAAUUCUAAGUGAAAUCAAUUAUUUUGAAAAACCAGCUUAUCCAGGCACUUUUCAGUUACGUUUUGUUAUCUUGAAUAUUCUUUCUGUGCAAGUUUGUAGCCUAACUCAUCAGUUUUGAACUUCACCAUAUUAUCUGAACCAUUGCACCUCUCUGGUUUAUGUAUUCACCACUUAAUAGGGGUUCCACUCCCUGUGCAGCAGCAGACACUAUGAGCACUGCAUCCUGUUUUUCACAACCACAGCAUGUAUUGUUGGAUUCACUCCCACAGUUGUUUUGGAUUCCUAGUGUACGUUUGUCAGGAGCCCCGCCUUACCCCUGUUUCUUCCUGCAGGGCUGUGUGGAGGAAGUGCCUCUGGGAAAACUACGGUGGCCAAUAAGAUAAUUGAGGCUCUGGAUGUUCCCUGGGUGGUCCUCCUCUCCAUGGACUCUUUCUAUAAGGUAAACUUAGUUUUCUAGAGUUUCUACUAAAAGAGUAUCACGUAAAUGCUAUAAGGAGGACACCAAGGUAAACUAUAAUAAGAUAUGCUUAGCCCCAGGAGUUUAUCCUUGGUAAGAUCCUGGCUUUAUUUAUAAGGAAGGCUCUUGAAGGUAAACUAGCCCAAACUAGCCCCCUGUGGUUUAGUAUAGGGGCAGCACAGAACAAUCAAUACCCUCUACAGCAGAGAUGGGCAACUACCGUCCGGCCCGCUUUUGUGGGGGAACUCAGUCGGGGUCUCAACUUACUUUUGAGAGUUAGAAUACUAGAAUACACAAGGUGCAAUUUUGAAAUGUGUUUGUGCAUCAGCAGAUUUUCUCUUAUGUCAGCCACUGACAGUCACUCAAUUAGCCCAUGUCAGCUAACAUUUUUUAGAUUGGUAAGUUAGUCUAGCCAGCUAUCUAAACUUCUAGUAUCUAAAGUACCUUCCUAGGGGUUCAGGGGAAAGGGCCCAGGUUAGUUUGAGAUGUAAUUGAAUUCCUGAGUCUUGACUUUGUUUUCUCCCCCCAGGUUUUGACCAAAGAUGAGCAGGAGCUGGCAGCUAAGAACGAGUAUAACUUUGACCACCCAGAGGCCUUUGACUUUGAGCUGCUGGUGACUGUUCUGAGGAAGCUGAAGAAGGGCAAGAGCAUCAAAGUACCCGUCUACGACUUCACUUCUCACUGCCGCCGCAAGGAAUGGGUAAGGAAGGUUCAGGAAAACAUUUCCAAUGAUAAUCUUUUGUGUCUCAGCAAUGUUAAAUGAAAAAAUAAACUGCUUGUGUGAAUUUAAAACAUCUCUAUAUAUCGACUAUCAACAAAGAGCAUGUCGUUGUAAGAAUUCCAUUCAAUGUUUAAUAUAGGGCUGUCCCCGACAAAAAAAAACAUCUUGGUCGACCUAGAGUCGUCUGUUCUUUCGACCAAUCGAUUGGGCGAAAUUUUAAAUGUGUAUUUUUUCUUAUAUAGACACCCUAACCAACUAUAUUUAGGCUACUGAGCUUGUCUGAUGCUUUAAAUAAUUAAGACACACAAAUGAUUCAAGAGAGCCAGAGAGCAAGAUAGCCUAUCCAGAAGAAGAAAAAACCAGUUCCCAACCCUCUUCCUCCCGCUGCUGCUGGCCUUCGCAUAUUCUGCUGUUACGCUCCUAAUAGGCUACACCAGGGGUCGGCAACCUUUUCCAUUUGGAGUGCCAAUUUAUUUUACCAAUUUCUACCGAUCUGCGUGCCAGUUAUGAUUUUUAUAUGCACAUUUUCAUGGAACAGUUUCAUUUCAUUUAUAAUAGUCUUCGUAUCUCAAAAUCAUGUGGUUAAUAAAAAUUCGAAAAGGAACUUCUAUUGCCAUUGCCAACUAUGUAAAAAUAGCCUACAUAAAGCCAACAAAUAAAAACAUUGCAGCCUGCAGGUAGAAAAUAUCCUGAUAAAAAUAAAUAUCCUAUAAAUCACAUUGGCUACGCAUGGCCUGUCUGCAAAGAUCUUGAAACAUUUGAUCAACUAUUAACUUGGGUCCGGCCUGAAACUUGCACUAGCAAACUUGCAACAUUGUACACAAUAUUCUGGGCCCUCAGUUUCCCGCUCCAGUGAGCACCGGACAGACAUAGCUGUAGACUAUUUGCACAAGGGAUAAGAAGUAAUCAGGUACGCCUAUUUUAUGACGUUUCCACCAGAUCAGAGCAUGACAUUGUUCUCCCCCUUUCACGCUGAGAGGUUAUCGAAAGAGAGCUGGAAAGAUUUUUCAAAUAGACUACAUUGAGGAACUAUUGUCAUUCUCAAUGGAUGUAAAAACAGACUUUGUUUACUUGCUGUUUGAGGUGAAGAAAAAAUUACUUUGAGAAGUUCCACAGUGGUGGUCAGUUAAGACAAUCAGAAGUACUAUCACAUCCCCAAAUGGGCACAUUUAUAGGCCUACAUUUGCGUGCAGGCCAGGUAGCCUAGGCCUACUUCUAUGUAUAAUCAGGUGCGCGACCUUACUCAACAUUGACAGGAGCACUACAAACGAACGACAAUGAAUAAAUUGACAACUCCUAAAUGGAAUGAAAUAAACCACAAACUUUUUCCUAGGUUGUGCGGUCCACAAACAACGUGUCCACUCCGACAAUGAGAACGAUAAGACUGUAAUAAUAGUAUAUUGAAUGCAUUAACAGAAAUGACUGUAACCAAACCAACAUGGGAGAUAACUGUAAAUGUACUACUGGUGUGCCAUCCGCACGGCCUCCGCAAUGGGUUAGUCCACUGAGACAAGCAUGAAUCAGACAGGUGUCUCGUGCCAUAAAAAUGUUUUAAAUUAUUAUAUAUACAGUGAGGGAAAAAAGUAUUUGAUCCCCUGCUGAUUUUGUACGUUUGCCCACUGACAAAGAAAUUAUCAGUCUAUAAUUUUAAUGUUAGGUUUAUUUGAACAGUGAGAGACAGAAUAACAACAAAAAAAUCCAGAAAAACGCAUGUCAAAAAUGUUAUAAAUUGAUUUGCAUUUUAAUGAGGGAAAUAAGUUUUUGACCCCCUCUCAAUCAGAAAGAUUUCUGUCUCCCAGUUGUCUUUUAUACAGGUAACGAGCUGAGAUUAGGAGCACACUCUUAAAGGGAGUGCUCCUAAUCUCAGCUUGUUACCUGUAUAAAAGGCACCUGUCCACAGAAGCAAUCAAUCAAUCAGAUUCCAAACUCUCCACCAUGGCCAAGACCAAAGAGCUCUCCAAGGAUGUCAGGGACAAGAUUGUAGACCUACACAAGGCUGGAAUGGGCUACGAGACCAUCACCAAGCAGCUUGGUGAGAAGGUGACAACAGUUGGUGCGAUUAUUCGCAAAUGGAAGAAACACAAAAGAACUGUCAAUCUCCCUCGGCCUGGGGCUCCAUGCAAGAUCUCACCUCGUGGAGUUGCAAUGAUCAUGAGAACGGUGAGGAAUCAGCCCAGAACUACACGGGAGGAUCUUGUCAAUGAUCUCAAGGCAGCUGGGACCAUAGUCACCAAGAAAACAAUUGGUAACACACUACGCCGUGAAGAACUGAAAUCCUGCAGCGCCCGCAAGGUCCCCCUGCUCAAGAAUACACAUAUACAUGCCCGUCUGAAGUUUGCCAAUGAACAUCUGAAUGAUUCAGAGGAGAACUGGGUGAAAGUGUUGUGGUCAGGUGACCAAAAUCGAGCUCUUUGGCAUCAACUCAACUCGCCGUGUUUGGAGGAGGAGGAAUGCUGCCUAUGACCCCAAGAACACCAUCCCCACCGUCAAACAUGGAGGUGGAAACAUUAUGCUUUGGGGGUGUUUUUCUGCUAAGGGGACAGGACAACUUCACCGCAUCAAAGGAACGAUGGACGGGGCCAUGUACCGUCAAAUCUUGGGUGAGAACCUCCUUCCCUCAGCCAGGGCAUUGAAAAUGGGUCGUGGAUGGGUAUUCCAGCAUGACAAUGACCCAAAACACACGGCCAAGGCAACAAAGGAGUGGCUCAAGAAGAAGCACAUUAAGGUCCUGGAGUGGCCUAGCCAGUCUCCAGACCUUAAUCCCAUAGAAAAUCUGUGGAGGGAGCUGAAGGUUCGAGUUGCCAAACGUCAGCCUCGAAACCUUAAUGACUUGGAGAAGAUCUGCAAAGAGGAGUGGGACAAAAUCCCUCCUGAGAUGUGUGCAAACCUGGUGGCCAAUUACAAGAAACGUCUGACCUCUGUGAUUGCCAACAAGGGUUUUGCCACCAAGUACUAAGUCAUGUUUUGCAGAGGGGUCAAAUACUUAUUUCCCUCAUUAAAAUGCAAAUCAAUUUAUAACAUUUUUGAUAUGCGUUUUCUGGAUUUAUUAUUUGUUAUUCUGUCUCUCACUGUUCAAAUAAACCUACCAUUAAAAUUAUAGACUGAUCAUUUAUUUGUCAGUGGGCAAACGUACAAAAUCAGCAGGGGAUCAAAUACUUUUUUCCCUCACUGUGUGUGUGUAUGUAUGUAUGUAUGUAUGUAUGUAUGUAUGUAUGUGUGUAUGUGUGUAUAUAUAUAUAUAUAUAUGUGUGUUUUUGUGUGUGUAUUUAUUUAUUUUAGACUGCUUGACUAAAAAAAAUCUUGGUCGACCAACAACCUAUUGACCAAACAAUCAGUCGACUAAAUAGGGUCAGCCCUAGUUUAAUGGUUGCUUUCAUAUCCUCAAGACGCAAUGCAAUUUCAUGGCUGAAAGAAGCACAGCUAUCCAGGGAAACAAUGACAUUACUUGUAACUCAAAACUUAUUUUAUGAUGGGAGUGUUAAUGUAAUUAAGCCAUAGAACCCUAGGGAAGCACUAGUCUAGCAGUGAAUGUAGCCAGCAUUCGUGACGGACUUUACAACACUCAUUAUUAAUGAAGAUUAACUAUUUUGUCUACUACUAGUAAACUUAGAGGUCACUUUGCUCCCUCCCUCUGAGCUGCUGCCUCUAUUUUAAAGCCUUUUUAAAUCACCAGGGGGUAGUAAUGUGGUAAAUUAAUGAAACCAUUAACACUUUUUCUCUCUGUGUGAGAUCCACUCCCCUCUCUCUGAUCAAUACAAAGGUAGCCUGGUCAUUCACUGCAGCUCCGAGCUCGUCUGACUCCUGUAAUGGGGUUGUGACACUCUGUAGCUCCCUGACUAGGCAAUACUACCAGACCACCUGAGUGUUACAUGUCUUCACUCAGAGUCUGACACAUACGAUCAUAUCAGGACCCUGUGAGUCACUGAGAUCGUGACAAGCUGGCCUGCACUGUUCUGCUCAGCCACCUCUGACAUUACUUCCUUUGGUAAAAAAAUCACAUUACCCAUUAUCAGAGCUGCAGUGGAAGGUAAUUACAGCAAACAAACUGCUUCGAUUAGGGCCGUAAAUCAGAGGGGGAUAGGCUGGAGGAACCCGGGGUAGAGAGCCAGGGAGGAGGGGGAGGAGAGGGGAUAGGCCAGAGGAACAGGGGGAGUAGAGGGAAGAGGGGGGGAUUUGGAGAAUCUCAUAACCAUUGGGUUUAGCUGUAAACAUGGUGACAGGACUGCAGAGGGGUGCUGCCAAAGCGCUGUGUCCCUUGCACCUCGCUAACCCACCUGUCUCCCUCUGCUAGGCACACACCCACGCUCUUACCUGGCACACCUGGUGGGCACAUUGUUCAUAAUGCCUGGAAAAGCUGGCACAGUCCCUGUUCUGCCAUAUGAUGUCUGUCUGCCUAAUUAUGUACAGUCAGUGUACACCAUAUGCUUUGUGUGGUAAUAAUCUCUUUAUGGUGUGUGCUCUUUUUUUGCAGAAAACUGUGUAUGGUGCCAACGUUGUCAUAUUUGAGGGGAUUCUGGCAUUUGCUAACAAGGAACUUUUGAAGGUAAGGUUGUUUCUAACUUUAUUUAAAGGGAUAGUCUGAGAUUUUGGCAAUUAAGUCAUUUUUCAGCUUUUGGCAAUUAAGUCAUUUUUCUACUUAUGCUAGCUGUUCUUGUAGCUAGACUUCUAGUCAUUGCGCUAACGCUAGUUAGCGAUGGCUCACUAAACUACUUUAACUUCCUUCAAACUGCACGCAGGGACAUAAAAAUGGUAUCCAUGAGUUCAUCUGACUCUGGGUAAGUAGAAAAUCGUCUUAAUUGACAAUCUUGCACUAUCCCUUUUAAGGUGAGUGUAAUAAGAUGAGAUGUUCCCUUUUCUUUUCUACUUUAAUUCCUUGCUCCUCCCUGGUCUCCAGUCACCCCCUUCUCCCUGCUCUCCCUCUCUCACCCCGCCCGGCAGACCUGAUUAAUCACUCUGCCACUCUGCAGAGACGCCAGCCAGGCUGAUUAACCAAAUCAAAUUUGAUUUGUCACAUGCUUCGUAAACAACAGGUGUAGACUAACAGUGAAAUGCUUACUUACGAGCCCUUUACCAACAAUGCAGUUAAAGAUACAAAAAAUAUUAAAUAGUGACACGAGGAACAAAUACACAGUGAAUAACAAUAACAAGUAACAAUAACAUGGCUAUAUACAGGGAGUACCAGUACCGCUAUACACAGGGAGUACCAGUACCGCUAUACACAGGGAGUACCAGUACCGCUAUACACAGGGAGUACCAGUACCGCUAUACACAGGGAGUACCAGUACCGCGUCAAUGUGCAGGGGGGUUCGAGGUAAUUGGGGUAGCUAUACACAUAUACAGUGGGGAGAACAAGUAUUUGAUACACUGCCGAUUUUGCAGGUUUUCCUACUUAAAAAGCAUGUAGAGGUCUGUAAUUUUUAUCAUAGGUACACUUCAACUGUGAGAGACGGAAAAUCACAUUGUAUGAUUUUUAAGUAAUUAAUUUGCAUUUUAUUGCAUGACAUAAGUAUUUGAUACAUCAGAAAAGCAUAACUUAAUAUUUGGUACAAAAACCUUUGUUUGCAAUUACAGAGAUCAUAUGUUUCCUGUAGGUCUUGACCAGGUUUGCACACACUGCAGCCGGGAUUUUGGCCCACUCCUCCAUACAGACCUUCUCCAGAUCCUUCAGGUUUCGGGGCUGUUGCUGGGCAAUACGGACUUUCAGCUCCCUCCAAAGAUUUUCUAUUGGGUUCAGGUCUGGAGACUGGCUAGGCCACUCCAGGACCUUGAGAUGCUUCUUACGGAGCCACUCCUUAGUUGCCCUGGCUAUGUGUUUCGGGUCGUUGUCAUGCUGGAAGACCCAGCCACGACCCAUCUUCAAUGCUCUUACUGGGGGAAGGAGGUUGUUGGCCAAGAUCUCGCGAUACAUCCUCCCCUCAAUACGGUGCAGUCGUCCUGUCCCCUUUGCAGAAAAGCAUCCCCAAAGAAUGAUGUUUCCACCUCCAUGCUUCACGGUUGGGAUGGUGUUCUUGGGGUUGUACUCAUCCUUCUUCUUCCUCCAAACACGGCGAGUGGAGUUUAGACCAAAAAGCUCUAUUUUUGUCUCAUCAGACCACACGACCUUCUCCCAUUCCUCCUCUGGAUCAUCCAGAUGGUCAUUGGCAAACUUCAGACGGGCCAGGACAUGCGCUGGCUUGAGUAGGGGGACCUUGCGUGCGCUGCAGGAUUUUAAUCCAUGACGGCGUAGUGUGUUACUAAUGGUUUUAUUUGAGACUGUGGUCCCAGCUCUCUUCAGGUCAUUGACCAGGUCCUGCCGUGUAGUUCUGGGCUGAUCCCUCACCUUCCUCAUGAUCAUUGAUGCCCCACGAGGUGAGAUCUUGCAUGGAGCUCCAGACCGAGGGUGAUUGACCGUCAUCUUGAACUUCUUCCAUUUUCUAAUAAUUGCGCCAACAGUUGUUGCCUUCUCACCAAGCUGCUUGCCUAUUGUCCUGUAGCCCAUCCCAGCCUUGUGCAGGUCUACAAUUUUAUCCCUUACACAGCUCUCUGGUCUUGGCCAUUGUGGAGAGGUUGGAGUCUGUUUGAUUGAGUGUGUGGACAGGUGUCUUUUAUACAGGUAACGAGUUCAAACAGGUGCAGUUAAUACAGGUAAUGAGUGGAGAACAGGAGGGCUUCUUAAAGAAAAACGAACAGGUCUGUGAGAGCCGGAAUUCUUACUGGUUGGUAGGUGAUCAAAUACUUAUGUCAUGCAAUAAAAUGCAAAUGAAUUACUUAAAAAUCAUACAAUGUGAUUUUCUGGAUUUUUGGUUUUAGAUUCCGUCUCUCGCAGUUGAAGUGUACCUAUGAUAAAAAUUACAGACCUCUACAUGCUUUGUAAGUAGGAAAACCUGCAAAAUCGGCAGUGUAUCAAAUACUUGUUCUCCCCACUGUAGGUAAGGGUAAAGUGACUAGGCAACAGGAUAGAUAAUUGACUGAGCAGUAGCAGCAGCGUGUGUGGUGAGUGUGAAAGUGUGUGUGUGAGUGCGUGUCUGGAGUUAGUAUGCAUGUGUGUGCAUGUAUGUAGUGAGUGCAGUGGUGGAAAAAGUACCCAGUUGUUCUACUUAAGUAUAUUUAAAACCAAAUACUUUUACCAUUUUACUGAGUGACUUUCACUUUUACUUGAGUCAUUUUCUACUAAGGUAUCUUUACUUUUAUUUUACUCAAGUAUCAAAAGUAAAUGUAAUUGCUAAAAUGACUUAAGUAUCAUAAGUCAAAAUAUGAAUUAUUUCAAAUUCCUUAUAUUAAGCAUAGCAGACAGGACCAUUUUUUAAAUUUAUUUUUUAUUUACAGAUAGCCAGGUGUCAGGGAAAAUGUAUGGAGUAAAAAGUACAUUAUUUUCUUUAGGAAUGUAGUGAAGUAAAAGUUGUCCAAAAUAUAAAUAGUAAAGUACAGAUAUCCCCAAAAAUUGCAUAAGUAAUACUUUAAAGUAUUUUUACUUAAGUACUUUACACCAUUGUGUGUGUGUGUGUUGGGGUGUCAUUGUAAGUAUGUGUGAGUGUGUGGGUGGAGUCCAGUGUGUGUGCAUAGAGUCAGUGCAAGAGAGUUGGUUUAGUCCGGGUAGCCAUUUGAUUAGCUAUUUAGCAGCCUUGUUUAGCAGUCUUAUGGCUUGGUGGUAGAAGCUGUUCAGGGCUGUUUUUUGGGCCUUCCUCUGACGCCACCUGGAACACGGGUCUCGGAUGGCAUGGAGCUCGGCACUGAGCAAAUUUCAGGUCUGCUGAGCGCAAACUUGAACAUUGUGAAAAUUCUGUGCAACAUCCUGCGUGCGUUUACUGUGAACACUGAGGCUGUACCCGCUCUAAGUUGCAGUUUUAACAGUGGUCAAGUAGGCUACUGUGGCUAUGUGAUCAUAAUGUAGGUUUACCAGAGUGGCCUACCAUCAUCAAAAACAAUGGAGAAAAUGCAUCCCAUAACAUUUUAACAUGGAAGUAGCUGUUCUAUCAUUCAGCCUACAAUAGUAGCCAAUGUGUGGUGUUCAAUGUAGGCCUACAUUCUAAGAGACAUUUGAAAAAAACAUGCAGGACUUGACAUUAACCUGUUUUUCCACUUGUCCUUCAGACACUGAAGUGACUGAAAAUGUUGUUGUUUGAUGCAAGAAACCACUUUACAAAAUGAAAUACAUAAUUAUUCCAAUACCAUUAUUACAGAGAAUCAGAUAAAUCAUGCAACCCUCUGCCUAUUGGCUACUUAGCGUAUUCAAGCCUGCCCCUUUAAGACAAAAAAAAGCUCUGACUCACUUUUCAAAGAUGGCUAGAAAUGCACAUGUUUUGUACUCUUGUAGGAAGCAAUCACUCCCCCAACUAGCAAAGGAUAUGAACGAAUGUGCACAAAACAAGCGCAUCUACUCUCAUGCUGUAAACACAGUCCAGUUCAAAGGGAAUCGCACAGAUCCAUAUAUGGCAAUGGGCGAUUUGCAUAUAGGCCUACCUGCAGCUCUGAUUGGUUAUGGCGCACCGGUCUGUGUAGAGUACGGGCCUUAGUCGUGCCUGUCAAUGCAUUAGAAUCCUACUCCGAUGUGUUCUGCCUACAACAAAAUCUCUUGCAUAGUGCGUUUUGUUUCGGUAUGUUGCAUUGAAAGUGGCUAAUAUUGCGUUGUUUCGAUCACAAUUCCAACAGUAAAAUGAACCACUGAUAGUGUUAACUAACGGGGAAAAAACUAGAAAGUUGAGUGAAGUUCAAUCUCGUGCUUCUCUGCGCAGGCUGAUAUUUCUUCUGCGCGGCAGUCCCAGGAGAGCUGCACACACACGCAGCUUAGAGGGAACAUUGGUCACCACCCUCUGUAAUGCCUUGCGGUCAGGUGCCUUGCAGUUGCCGUACCAAGCGGUGAUGCAGCCAAUCAAGAUGCUCUCAAUGGUGCAGCUGUAUAACAUUUUGAGGAUCUGAGGGCCCAUGGCAAAUCUUUUUAGCCUCCUGAUGGGGAAGAGGCGCAGUCAUGCCCUCUUCACAACUGUGUAGGUGUGUGGACCACGUUAAUUCCUUAGUGAUGUGGACACCGCUCCUCUACAGCCCAAUCGAUGAUGAUGGGGGUGUGCUCACUCCUCCAUUUCCUGUAGUCCAUGAUCAGCUCCUUUGUCUUGCUGAUGUUGAGGGAGAGGUUGUUGUCCUGGUACCACACUGCCAGGUCUCUGACCUCCCUAUAGGCUGCCUCAUCGUCGUCGGUGAUCAGUCCUACCACCGUUGUGUCGUCAGAAAACUUGAUGAUGAUGUUGGAGUCGUGCGCGGCUACGUGUGGGUGAACAGGGAGUACAGGAGGGGACUAAACACACACCCCUGAGGGGCCCCCGUGUUGAUGGUCAGCAUGGCGGAUGUGUUGUUGCCUACCCUCACCACCUGGAGGCAGCCCGUUGGGAGUCCAGGAUCCAGUUGCAGAGGGAGGUUUUCAGUCCCAGGGUCCUGAGUUUGGUGUUGACCACUGAGCUGUAGCCAGUGAACUGUGGAUCUGUUGGGGCGGUAUGCGAAUUGGAGUGGGUCCAGGGUGUCUGGGAUGAUGGUGUUGAUGUGAGCCAUGACGAGCCUUUCAAAGCAUUUCAUGGCUAUAGAUGUGAGCUCUAUGGGGCGAUAGUCAUUUAGGCAGGUCAGCGGAUGCUCUGAGUACGUGUCCUAGUAUUCCGUCUGGCCCCGUGGCCUUGCAAAUGUUAACCUGUUUAAAGGUCUUUCUCACAUCGGCUACGGAGAGCGAGAUCACACAGUCGUCCGGGACAGCUGGUGCUCUCAUGCAUGUUCAGUGUUGCUUGCCCUCGAAGCGAGCAUAGAAUAAAUGUAGCUCGUCUGGUAGGGUCACGUCACUGGGCAGCUCGCGGCUGGGUUUCCCUUUGUAAUUCAUGAUAGUUUGCAUGCCCUGCCACAUCCGUCGAGCGUCAGAACUGGCGUAGUAGGAUUCGAUCUUAGACCUGUAUUGAUGCUUUGCCUGUUUGAUGGCUCAUCUAAGGUUGUAGCAGGAUUUCUUAUAAGCAUUCGGAUUAAUGUCCCACUCCUUGAAAGUGGCAGUUCUAGCUUUUAGCUCAGUGCUGAUGUUGCCUAUAAUCCAUGGCUUCUGGUUGGGGUAUGUAAAGUGCCUUCAUAGUAUUCACACCCCUUGACCUUUUCUACAUUUUGUUGUUACUGCCUGAAUUUAAAAUAGAUUCAUUUGAGAUUUUGGGCCACUGGAAUACACACAAUACCCCAUCAUGUGAAAGUGGAUAUAUAUAUUUUCUUUUUAAUAAAAAGUGAAGAGGUGAAAGGUCUUGAGUCAAGUAUUCAACCCCCAUGUUAUGGCAAGCCUAAAUAAAUCCAGGAGAAUAAAUUAGCUUAACAAGUCACAUAAUAAAUUGCAAUAAUAGUGUUUAAGAUGGUUUUUGAAUGACUACCUCAUCUCUGUACCCAACACAUACAAUGAUCUGUAAUAUUCAACCACAAAGACCAGAGAGGUUCUCCAAUGCAAAGAAGGGCACCUAUUGGUAGAUAAAAAUACAUUUUUAAAAAGCAGACAUUGAAUAUCCCUUUGAGCAUGGUAAAGUUAUUAAUUAGGCGUUGGAUGGUGUAACAAUACACCCAGUCACUACAAAGAUAUGGCCGUCCUACUGAGGAUGGAUCAACGACAUUGUAGUUACUCCACAAUACUAACCUAAUUGACAGAGUGAAAAGAAGGAAGCCUGUACAGAAUAAGAAAUAUUCUAAAAUUUGGAGGAGAAAUCAACUUUGUCCUGAAUUCAAAGCGUUAUGUUUGGGGCAAAUCCUACAAAAUACAUCACUGAGUACCACUCUUAAUAUUUUCAAGCAUGGUGGUGGCUGUAUCAUGUUAUGGGAAUGCUUGUCAUCUUUUUUUAGAAUGAAAUGUAAUAGAGCUAAGCACAGGCAAAAUCCUAGAGGAAAACCUGGUUGUCUGCUUUCCACUUAAAACACAAGGCCAAAUACUCGCUGGAGUUGCUUACCAAGACGACAUUGAAUGUUCCCUGGUGGCCUAGUUACAGUUUUGACUUAAAUCUGUUUGAAAAUCUAUGGCACGACUUGAAAAUGGCUGUGUAGCAUUGCUCAACAACCAACUUGACAGAGCUUGAAGAAUUUUAAAAAGAAUGUCCAAAUAAUGUACAAUUCAGGUGUACAAAGCUCAGAAAUACUCACAGCUGUAAUCGCUGCCAAAAGUGACUCUACCAUAUAUUGACUCGGGUGUGAAUACAUAUGUAAAUUAGAUCAUAAAUUGUAAGUACAUUUGCAAAAAAAUCUAAAAUACAUGUUGGCACUGUUAUUAUGGGGUAUUUUGUGUAGAUGGGUGGGGGGGGGAAGUAUAUUUAAUCCAUUUUGAAUUCAGGCUGUAACAACAAAAUGUGGAAUAAGUCAAAGGGUAUGAAUACUUUCUGAAAGCACUGUACGUAGGGUCACUGUGGAGACGACGUCAAUGCACUUAUUAAUGAAGCCGGUGACUGAUGUGGGAAACUCCUCAGUGUUAUCGGAUGAAUCCCGGAACAUAUUCCAAUCUGUGCUAGCGAAACAGUCCUGUAGUUUAGCAUCCGCUUCAUCAGACCACUUCCGUAUUGAGUGUGUCACUGGUUUGAAUUUUUGCUUGGAAGCAGGAAGUGGAAGGAUAGAGUUAUGGUCUGAUUUGCCAAAGGGAGAGUAAAGGUGAUUUAGAGUUUUGUCGCCUCUAGUUGCACAGGUAACAUGCUGGUAAAAAUGAGUUAAAAUGUCAGUUUCACUGCAUUAAAGUCACCAGCCACGAGCAACGCCGCCUCUUAAUGUGCAUUUUCUCGAUCGCUGAGUGGGGUCUUAGUGCCAUCUGAUAGACAGCUACUAAAAAUAUAGAUGAAAACUAUCUUGGUAAAUAGUAUGGUCUGCAGCUUAUCAUGAGGUAUUCUAACUCAGGUGAGCAAAAACUUGAGACUUCCUUAACAUUAGAAAUCACGCACCAGCUGUUCUUAACAAAGACACACACCCUUCCUCCCUUUGUCUUGCCUGACACUGCUGUCCGGUCUUGGCGAUGCAUCGAAAAACCAUCGAGACGUACAGCCAUGUCCUCGUUCAGCCACGACUCUGAGAAACAUAGGAAAUCACAGUUUUUCAGGUCCCGUUGAUAGGAUAGUCUCGAACGGAGUUCAUCCAGUUUGUUCUCCAGUGAUUACGCGUUCGCCAAUAGAACAGAGGGCAAUGGCUGUCUAUUUGCUCGCCGACGUAGUCUCGUCAGGUUGCCGGCUCGCCUGCUUCUCUAGGGCCUGGUUCGGAGUAGGCAGAACUUCCAGAGCUGCCAACUCUUUAAAGUAGUAAUUUCCACCCAAAUUGAGGUUAGUGAUCGCUUUUCUGAUGUCCAGAAGCUGUUUCCGGUCAUAGGAAAUGAUGACGGAGACAUUAUGUAUUUUAAAAAAAAGGUAAGAACAGUGUUAAAAAACACAACAUAGCAGAUUUGGUCAGGAGCCCCGUAAGACGGCUGCUAUCCACUGCAGCACCGUCAUCGUCGAUUAAUGGAGUGCCGCUGCCAUCCUCAAGCAGAUACAGGGAAAUUAGAGGGAUUCUCUCUCUGUAUUCACUGUUCUACCUUUCUCCUGCUCGCAGCUCUCUGCCUGGGCCUGCUAUGCUUGCGUUGCAGGCUCGGGCUGGCCCUGGGUGACUGGGUUGGGGACUGACUGAUAGAAAUGGUGUUGUUGGGGAUCCAUUGCUGCAGCAGUCGUGGCUAAAGUUAUACUUGCUAACAUGAAGCCCACUUCUCUUCAAGGAAGAAAUGCAUGAAAAAUCUUAAUCCCUUAAGAAUUUAAACAAAGCAACGUGUAAACUAAUACUAGUGCUGUUGUAGUAGAAUUGAUGGCAGUUCUUCAGGCAGCCCUUGUCAGCUAUGAUUAUCUUGGUCCUCUUUAUUGCAACAUAUAUCAACAACUUCUCACAAACACCAUGUUGGCUCAUCUAAAUCCAUGAAGUAGUCUAGACUUGUAGCCUGUCUAGGACUCUCCUUCCCGCCAUUAUAACUUGAAGGGGGUGUGUUUGGCCAGUGUGUAAGUGAAUGGACUAGACUGUGUUUUAUUGAUGGUGCUGUUGAUUGGUCCCUUUGUUAGCUUCGAUCCGCCAGUGCUGUGUGUACAGAAAUCCAUACAAAUUUAAACUGUGAAUGUGUUUGCAUUGGCAAAGCACUUCUGUUCCUGGUGAUUUAUCACUUCAGCCAUUGUACAGGUUGGGCUAAGCUGGGCAGGGAUGAUAAGCCAAACAAUGCAGAUAACUGGAUGUACUUUCAUUUUAAUUAUUUCUAUAGAAGUGUUGUGUUGUUGUUUUUUUAAGAUGAUUUACGACUUGAAAUCACUAAUUGUGGCUCACUUAGUACUAAAUAUUCUCAUCAACCGGUUUAUUUACUUUUCUAUAAAUUGGUUAUUUCUCAACCCUUUGCCAUGACUCCAACAGGCCUUACCCUGCUGGCUGCUCCAAGCGUCCGGUGCGUUCUGGCCCGACAAUGAGCAGCCGUCUUUAAACUGCAGUGCUGUAAAAUGUUCCUAAACUGCUCUGCUCAUUUCCCCCAAUGACAGAGGACCCUGAGAGAGUGAGGCUGAGCCUCCUCCAAUAGGCUGACAGCUCUGCUGGCGCGGCGCUUUGGGCUCGCCCGGUUGGUCAGGAAGCAGAUUUACUGCUCAUUUAUGUCUGACAGUCUCAUUGGCUGUCUGAGUUAUGCUCCAACACUGAAUGGCCAAAGAGUCAUCAAUAGCUCUUGUUUUUGGGUUGUUGCCUCUUUUUGCGUCUCCAUCACAUACAGUGUUUCUGCUGGACCAUUAAUCCUCCUAACUUUUGUUUUGCUGAGGUUAGAGCUUUGAGCACUGUCUUUAGUUACCCCUGACUGGCUGAUGAUGGCUGUGUUUCAAUUUAUGUGUGUUCAGGAAAAGAGCAUUAAAGACCCAAUAGGCCAUCUUUACAGUAGAUCCCAUUUAACUUCUUUCGACCCUGGGACAUUGAUUUCCCAACCAUCAUAUAAGUGGGGUGCCCCACCCCCAACCCCAGAAGGAAUUUGGCUUUUACCCAGCAUCCUGCCUUGAAAUUAUAUAUUGGGUAAACACUGCCCUAUGAAUUGAUUAUGUACAUGACCUCUUAUCCCUCUGUCUAUUUCUCUCCGUCUCGCUCUCCCCCAGCUGCUGGACAUGAAAGUGUUUGUGGACACAGACUCAGACAUCCGUCUGGUCAGGCGUCUGAAGAGGGACAUAUCGGAGCGCGGCCGUGACAUCAGCGGAGUCAUCAAGCAGUACAACAAGUUUGUCAAGCCUAGCUUUGAGCAGUACAUCGAGCCCACUGUGCAUGUGGCUGAUAUUGUGGUCCCUAGGGGUGAGUGGUUUGUAGAUAGCUACUACCACAGUGUUAAAAACACUGCUUCAAAUAUUGUACAAAUACUUCUGAUAACUAUAGCGAUUCUACUAUAAAAGAACAAUGUGUGUGUGUGUGUUGGUUAUUUCAGGGGGUGAGAACUUUGUUGCCUUGGAUCUGAUUGUUCAGCAUGUUCACAGUCAACUUGAAAAGGUAUGUGUGAAUAGGGCUUUAUCUCCAAUACCUCUGCCCAUAGACCCUAACGGAAAAGCAUGGAGGAGUCCCUCCCUAUCUCUGUACAUGGUGUCAUCUCUCCGGCUCACACCAUGCUCAGAGUUUGUGUGUGCCAGCCUGACAUGACCCCUAUCCCAUGGCUCAUGACUAGGACCAGGAGUUUUUCCUGACCCCCUUCCCUACCAGGAAAAACUCUUGGCCCUACCCAUGACCUCUGAACCCGGUCUUAUCCCUCAACAUGGGUGGGUCAUUUCUGGAUGAAUUAAAUGAUAGAUGAUGAGUCUCAUUCUCUAGGAGUACUCAAGACUACAUGUCCUAUUGAAACCAGCAGACUAAAACUCAAAGCUGUCUUGUAUAUGCACUGUUUCCAUCUGGUAUCCGAAAGUAAUUCUGAAUUCUCAGAGGCUAGUCUCCAAGUAGAAGUUGACCCAACCAGUUGCCCACUCCACUUCUGCCCUCUAGUGGUCAGGAUUCAGCAUCACAUGUCAUGUAGAUUGCCUGUCUGGUAUCCGGCUGAGCUAAACUCAACCCUCUGUCUCUUCACCAAGGGCCUCCUAACAAGAGUGGAUUUAAAACUGAGAGGCUAUUCCUCAUACUUUACAUGCAUGUGCGUUUGUGUGCGUCAAGGGCAUCCCAUUUAUCUGUCAGCGCCAUGACCAAUACGUUCUGAAUCCCACCUUUAACACUUUGCUCUCUGCUGUCAGAUGGCCCCUUUAUGGUCCCUACAACUCAAUAUUAGGAAGGUGUUCCUAAUGUUUUUUACACUCAGUGUAUGUGGCUCUGAGUCCUGAUCCAUCAUCACUGUUAUAUGACAAACCAUCUGUCACAGAGAGAGACAAGAUGGAAAGUUUCAAAGACAAGCUCUCAUAAAGGUGAUCAGUCACAUUAUAUUUAACACACUAUACUGUAUUACUCAUGAUCACAUGACUUCUAUCUGUUGUGUACGCCAGUGGUUCCCAACCUUUUUUCGGUUACUGUACCACCAACUGAAUUUGGCUCUGCCCGGUGUACCCCUGAAGUACCCCCUCAUGUGCAUUUUACCAGUAGGCCUAUGGUCUCAUGAGUCUUCUCAAGUUGCCCCUGUGGAUAGGUCAAGUACCCCCAGGGGUCCUAGUACCCCUGGUUGGGAACCACUGGUGUACGCCACUCAAGUACACCCGUCGGCGUGUGGGUAAAGAGCGAGAGAUCAAGAGACCGCAGGUGCAAGAGAAAGCAAAAAGUGUGUGUGCCUGCGUUUGUGAGGAUUUGUGGAUUAAGGGAUCUCUGUAGUAAAAUGCCAUUGUGUCUGGUGUGGACCAAGUAAUGAAUGGUGUCCAGUGGAGAGAGACGGCGGCCGCUCGUCCUCCAUACAUCACUGUGAGUGACUGAUGAUGAUGAGGACAGGGCCUGUUGUAGGCUAAUGAACCAUAACACCCUCCACUAAGAGGCAUCAUAUAAACUCAGCAAAAAAAAUAAACGUCCCUUUUUCAGGACCGUCUUUCAAAGAUAAUUCGUAAAAAUCCAAAUAACUUCACAGAUCUUCAUUGUAAAGGGUUUAAACACUGUUUUCCAUGCUUGUUCAAUGAACCAUAAACAAUUAAUGAACAUGCACCUGUGGAACGGUCGUUAAGACACUAACAGCUUACAGACGGUAGGAAAUUAAGGUCACAGUUAUGAAAAUUUAGGACACUAAAGAGGCCUUUCUACUGACUCUGAAAAACACCAAAAGAAAGAUGCCCAUGGUCCCUGCUCAUCUGCGUGAACGUGCCUUAGGCAUGCUGCAAGGAGGCAUGAGGACUGCAGAUGUGGCCAGGGCAAUAAAUUGCAAUGUCCGUACUGUGAGAUGCCUAAGACAGCGCUACAGGGAGACGGACAGCUGAUCGUCCUCGCAACACCUGCACAGGAUCGGUACAUCCGAACAUCACACCUGCGGGACAGGUACAGGAUGGCAACAACAACUGCCCGAGUUACACCAGGAACGCACAAUCCCUCCAUCAGUGCUCAGACUGUCUGCAAUAGGCUGAGAGAGGCUGGACUGAGGGCUUGUAGGCCUGUUGUAAGGCAGGUCCUCACCAGACAUCACCGGCAACAACGUUGCCUAUGGGCACAAACCCACCAUCGCUGGACCAGACAGAAUUGGCAAAAAGUGCUCUUCACUGACGAGUCGCGGUUUUGUCUCACCAGGGGUGAUGGUCGGAUUCGCGUUUAUCGUCGAAGGAAUGAGCGUUACACCGAGGCCUGUACUCUGGAGCGGGAUCAAUUUGGAGGUUGAGGGCCCGUCAUGGUCUGGGGUGGUGUGUCAGAGCAUUAUCGGACUGAGCUUGUUGUCAUUGCAGGCUAUCUCAACGCUGUGCGUUACAGGGAAGACAUCCUCCUCCCUCAUGUGGUACCCUUCCUGCAGGCUCAUCCUGACAUGACCCUCCAGCAUGACAAUGCCACCAGCCAUACUGCUCGUUCUGUGCGUGAUUUCCUGCAAGACAGGAAUGUCAGUGUUCUGCCAUGGCCAGCGAAAUGCCCGUAUCUCAAUUCCAUUGAGCACGUCUGGGACCUGUUAGGCCAUUCCCCCCAGAAAUGUCUGGGAACUUGCAGGUGCCUUGGUGGAAGAGUGGGGUAAUGUCUCACAGCAAGAACUGGCAAAUCUGGUGCAGUCCAUGAGGAGGAGAUGCACUGCAGUACUUAAUGCAGCUGGUGGCCACACCAGAUACUGACUGUUACUUUUGAUUUUGACCUCCCCUUUGUUCAGGGACACAUGAUUCCAUUUAAUGUCUGUGGAACUUGACCAGUUUAUGUCUCAGUUGUUGAAUCUUAUGUUCAUACAAAUAUUUACACAUGUUAAGUUUGCUGAAAAUAAACGCAGUUGACAGUGAGAGGACGUUUCUUUUUUUGCUGAGUUUAUUAAGACUGCUGAGCCCACUAUAGUACUUCUGUUUAGGAAACCCCCUGGUUUGGUUAAGGAGGCCACACUCAGCAGCAUUCUGUUUGACAUGUACUAGAUAUUAUGUAGGAACCAUUUUAUUUAUCAGACUAAUAGAUAAAACAAGUAAAGCAAAUAUGAUGCCCCUAUAUGGGGUUUCCGCAUGGAAAAGGAGCUGAAAACCAUAUUGCAAUUUUUUUUAUUGCCCAGAAAAUGUAAAUGUCUAAUUAAAUUCACCCGGCUGUGCACUGGGCCUUGCUGUGAGAUCAGAGCACCAGGAACAUAACCUGAUCUGAUGCAUGAGUAUAAUCUUCAUUUAGAGAGAAAGAGGUACCGGUUCAUUUGAAAUGAUGGAAAUACAAGCUGCGUUACCUGGAAAUGGGAAACCAGUAAAGGCACCCAGAGCUGAUCGGAUGAAACACUGUCGGUCUGUGUGAUUCAUGGCAAAAUGGGGGGGAAUGUAAUAUCAUUGCAUGUCAUCAACGGGAUGGGUGUUUGUGUUGAUUUAAAAGGGUGGUGGGGACUGGGGACAUUUGGCUUUGUUUGGAAGGUUGGAAUGGCUUGUCUCAUUUCAUGAGUUAUGUUUUGAUUUGAUUUCUCUCCCCCCUGUGUGUGUGUGUAAUGAAAUACUUGCUAAACCCUGGCCGAAUGCACUCUAACCAUCUCAGCGUGAAAUCACAGUGAGGUAUGACUACCACACCCCUCCCAUCUCUCUACCUCCCCCUCUCUCUCGCUCUCUUUUUCUUGUGGUACCUGUCUUUUAUUCUGUUUCCUCUCAGCAGAAGCUCAGAGAGCACAGCAAAGACAAAAGGAGAUGUGCCCAGUCUGAAGGAGUACUGACUUAGACCAAAUAACUUAUCUUAAAAAAAUAUAUUUUCUCCCUAUUGUUGACAUUAUCAACACAUUUAAUGUGCCAUGGGAAAUGUUUGUGUAAACAAAAUGAAAGGCUGUCCGCCUCCUUUUGUCUUUCUUCCACACUGUCAGUCAUGAAAACUAUCGCAAACUCCAUGAGGAUGACAUCUCUAUGGUUCCAAUGAGCUCUGGAUAAGACCAUCUAAAAGACACCUGAGAGACCUGGCUGUUGGAUUGAUCACUUUGCAGUAGCUGCAAGUAGAUGAAUUCCUUGUUAUCGAAAGAUCAGAAGCUAACAUCACAUUAACCAAGGACUGAGUAUAACCUUGAGUUAUUCCUGCAUGUUUAUCAGAUUUCCUCACACUAAGGCCAUUGAAAAUAUUUUUAAAAACUCCUCCCAGUCAGACUCGUAACCAUGGAAAUGUUGUCUGGUCCUGAAGCCAUCCCCUUGCUGAGCUGAACAGGGGCCCUAAUUCCCCCCAGCCCCCGGCCCUCACACCACCUCCCUGCCCUAUCAGCUUCUCCACAGAGAUCACAGGGCCUCUACUCUGUCCUGCUGCCGUUUUUAAUUGUUGUAUUUUCUUUCUUUCCUCUCUUUGUCAUCUCUCUUGUUCUUGCAAAAUGAAUAUUUGUCACCUUCUCCAGAGGAAACUCCGAUGGGAUAUGUGAGGAUAAACUGCUGCAUCUUCCUCCUUUUCUUUAGUUUGAUAUCCCCCUCUCAUUUCCAUCUCUUUAAUUAUCUAUUGUUAACAUUUCAUCCAGAACAAAAGCUAACAAUCUUUGUUUGCUGUCAUUGCUAUUUUCCCAAGAUAUCGUUUUUUUCAUUUACAUCUUAACCAAUUGCUUAAUUCUUUGUUUUCUUUAUGCUUUUGUACAGUCUUAACUGGCCUGUAUUUUGGUGCCAGAUACAUAAAUAGAAAACUGCUAAUUACAGUACUAAACUAAUUAGAGUGAGUUGUCUUGACUUCUUGUAUUGGCAACAACAUUGCAGAACAUAUAACAAAGUGCUCAAUUGCUUUAUGGCAUUUCUAUUUAUAAAUAUAACCACUGUUUAGUGCUGUACAAUGUAAUAGUUAUUUUCUAGAUUCUAAAUGGUCCUAGUGUUAUGUUCCGUUGUCUGCCAGUAAAGCACCAUAUGCUCCAGACCGUUCCAGAGAAGCCUGUUCAAGCAUUGCUGUUGCCAGGACCUGCGUACUAAUCCCCCCCCACCCCACCCCACUUUGCCUGGCUGUGCAGCCGUGACCACCAUACAUGUUUACGAGGAGGAAAAUAAAAUAUCCCAGUGGUAUCUUACUUUUGUCUCCCUGGCUUGACUGCUGUCUGUUUGUUGUUGUAGUACUGUGAACUCCCCAGCAGGGGCAGUGGUCUGUCUGUUGUAGUACUGUGAACUCCCCAGCAGUGGUCUGUCUGUGUUGUUGUAGUACUGUGAACUCCCCAGCAGUGGUCUGUCUGUGUUGUUGUAGUACUGUGAACUCCCCAACAGGGGGCAGUGGUCUGACUGUCUCUGUGUUGUGUAGGUCUGCUCUGGCCUCGGCCCACCAGGGACAACCCCUACCCAAAACACUCAGUGUCAUGGAGUGCACCCCACAGGUCCACGGCAUGCACACCAUCAUCAGGUAAGACCAUAGAGCUUUGGAAGAGCGCAGGGGCCCGGUUUCUCACCCUGUCAACACUGACUCUGCACUGCAAUGAGUUUAUAAUAUGAAUAUACACUCAGUGGCCAGUUUAUUAGGUACACGAAAAUGGUUCGCUCCUACAGACAGUGAGUCACAUGGCUGUGGCUUGCUAUAUAAAGCAGGCAGAUAGGCAUUGAGGCAUUCAGUUACUGUUCAAUUGAAUGUUAGAAUGGGCAAAACAAGUGACCUAAGCGACUGAGCGUGGUAUGAUCGUCAGUGCCAGGCGCGCCGGUUCCAGUAUCUCAGGAACGGCUGGCCUCCUGGGCUUUUCAUAAUAAUAUAUAAUAAUAAUAAUAAUAAUAAUAAUAUGCCACUUAGCAGACGCUUUUAUCCAAAGCGACUUACAGUCAUAUUCAUGCGCGAUAGUGUCUAUGAUUUACAGAGAAUGGUGCAGCAAACAAAAAACAUCCAGUCAGCGGCAGUCCUGUGGGCAAUAACAGCUCGUUGAUGAGAGAGGUCGAAGGAGAAUGGCAAGAAUCGUGCAAGCUAAAAGGCAGGCCACAAACAGGCAAAUAACGGCGCAGUACAACUGUACAACUUGUCAGUCCUUGUCACAGAUGGGCUAUUGCAGCAGACAAACACACCUAUCAGCUAAAAACAAGAAGAAGCGGCUCCAGUGGGCAUGUGAUCACCAACACUGGACUAUUGAGGAGUGGAAAAACAUUGCCUGGUCCGACAAAUCCCAGUUCCUGUUGCGUCAUGCUGAUGGCAGAGUCAGGAUUUGACGUUAGCAGCAUGAGUCCAUGACCCCAUCCUGCCUGGUGUCAACAGUACAGGCUGGUGGUCUAAUGGUGUGGGGACUGUUUUCCUGGCACACGUUAGGUCCCUUGAUACCAAUUGAGAUUCUACACUUUGUAGAAUCAAUUUCCCGAAGAAUUCCGGCUGUUCUGGAAGAAAAGUUGGGUCGGACCCCAUACUAGAUGGGUGUACCUAAUUAACUGGCCACUGAGUGUACAUACACACACCCUCACUCCCAGCCCUUGUCCCCUAACCGAGUGUGUUUUGUGUGCAUGCGUGCAGGAAUAAGGACACUAAUCGUGAUGAGUUCAUCUUCUACUCCAAGAGAUUAAUGAGGCUCCUCAUAGAACAUGCCCUCUCCUUCCUGCCCCUCAAGGUGAGUGACCCUGCCAACACAUGGCCAAUUCUAUAUCGCCCCCUGUGCACAACCAUACACUAAUAUUGGUCUCUACUCUCCUCUUUCUGUUCAUCCUCUCUAGCCUGUGCAAGUGGAGACUCCCCAAGGUUCCAUCUAUGAAGGGAAGAGACUCAGUGGUAAAAGGGUAAGUCUCUAUGCAGAUACCUCCCCACUUUCACACAGGGUUUUGGGCCCUAAACUGCAAUAAAGUAUCAAUGUACUCCCUGAUACUACAUUGCAGCAACAUUGUCAGAAUCACACUGAGUGCUACCUGUCAUACUUGGCCAGAGAUUUUACAGUGGUUAAACUAGCUGUAUCUCUCUCCAGUCCUUUUCUUCAUCAGCAUUGAAUCUGCAUUGUUAACAUGUGUUUUACUAGACGCAGUGUGGAUGGGCAUGAGAAAAUCAUUAAUUCCACUCACGUUAUGGGGAUGUGUUUGAGUGGCUCUCAGUGGGAGCAGCUCUGUUCGACAGCAGGGUUAUUAUGACUGUAUUACUCUACUGCAGAUGUCUGUCUCCUAACAUCAGGCUUUGUAACAUUGAGCGCUCACUAUGCUGAUCCUUCAGGCUGCUCAAUGGAAGUUUACUUACAAACUAAACUGUAAGGGAGUGUAAAGCCUGGAAUGCAAUUUAAUUGUGUGUGUAGAUCACAGGCGUGUCCAUACUGAGAGCAGGGGAGACCAUGGAGCAGGCUCUGAUGGCUGUGUGUAAAGACAUUCGGCUGGGGAAGAUCCUCAUCCAGACCAACUAUGACACUGGAGAGCCGGAGGUAACACACAAAAAUAAAUUAGUCAUGUUGUUCACCAAGGCUUCUGUGUGUUUGUGUGGAGCUUUCUCUGUGUUGCAAGGCUUCACACACACCCAGAAAUGAACUUUUCAACUCGGAGACCAUAAAGCAGGAGUGUAUGGUUGUAUCGGUCAUCUGUUUUCUCUCAGUGGCUUCAUUCAAGGCUAGGUGUCAGUCUCAUGGCUAACUGAUAGACAUUAGCCUCAUUGACCUCAGGUUCACUUCCUCAUCAGGGUCACAGACCAUCCAUAUCUUUGAGAUAUACUGUAUGAUGUCAGAUGUAGUCAUCACGCUUUGGCCGUUUCUUCUUCAGCUGUACUGGUUUCAUUCACAGCAGAUGCUCAAACCGUGACAUUUAAGUUAACAAAAUCCACAAAUGAAAACCUUGUAUAAAAUGUUGUUAUUUGACCACUGCUGCCCUAUGUUCCCUGUCCAGCUCCACUACCUGCGUCUGCCUAAGGACAUCAGUGAGGACUACGUCAUCCUGAUGGACAGCACUGUGUCCACUGGGGCUGCUGCUCUAAUGGCAGUCCGAGUGCUGCUGGUCAGUUCUACUUUAUUCUACCUCAUUCUACUCCUCUGGUCUAAUAUUCUCUUUUUAGUAUUCUCUACCCUGCCACACACCUAUAUUGAGGAGACAUUAGGGUUUGGGGUUUAUCCAUUGGUUUAGCAUCCAGAUCAAAUUGGUUACCCCUGAGACAUGGCAGAUAGCAGAGUAGGCGUUGUCCAUGUUGGUGUUGAGAUAACAGGAGAGCAGCUCUGCAAGUGGAGACUGGACGGCUACAGCAGCAGGAGAUUAAGGAGAGAUUGGGAUGCGUGUUUGCUGUCAUGAAACACUGUUUUAGUUCAGUAAGUUUGAGGCUCUGUCUCCUCAUUGUGAUAAGGCUGCAGAGCUAAAGGUACAGCUCUGCUUUAGCCUUCGCCCAUUGUGAAAUGUAAACAUCUGGGGUCAAUUAUUGCUGUCCACUAUGGUGGCCAAAGUCUGUGGUUCUGUUUGCCCUCAGAGAGCAAACUUCACUGCCUCCAGGUCAAUCCAAUACUUUUCUCCCAUGACUAUCUCUGCAAAAGAUAUUCAUGGUCAUGUGUGUUUUUCACUAGAAGCAUUGGUUGUAGUAUGUUAUAUUUGACAAUAACGUGCAGAAGACAUAUCAGACUAACGCAUUAAGGAGCGCCUUUUGACAGGUAGCAGUGGGAACUGGGAAGAGCUUGAGAUCUCCACAAGUCUGGCUAUGCUUGCCACUCUGAGAUGCUUGCCACUCUCUCCUUCAAUAGUGUGUUACAGUCACAAAGCUUCCCUCUAACCACCACUCUUCCUUCAAUUGUGUUUAAAAGUCACCUAUUUGUAUGUCUGACACCCUGUAGGACCAUGAUGUCCAGGAGGAUAAGAUCUUCCUGCUGUCUCUACUGAUGGCAGAGAUGGGCGUCCACUCUGUGGCCUACGCCUUCCCAAAGGUCCGCAUCAUCACCACCGCUGUCGACAAGAAUGUCAACGACGAGUUCCACAUAAUCCCCGGCAUUGGUGGGUGUCUCUCUCUUUCUCUUUGUUCUCAUUUAAUCCACAUUCCCUUCAUAACUGUGGCCUCAUGCUAAUCCAGUGAGUACGCUGUUUGUGGUUUGACUGAUGAUCAUUAGUGAUAUGACAUUGUGUGAUGACCUAAUCACAAAUUGAAAACAUCCAGAUUGUCAGACGUAGCUGGUGCCACAGCCAUUCAGGCCCAAGUAGAUGGGCUCUGUUAUGAAUCAACCCAGACUCUGACCUAUGUGUUCCAUCAGCAGGGCCACUGAUCACACAUCCCUCACUGUCACUAGUCCAACUCAUUUAUUCACAAUGACAACAUGACUGACUGCUCUCCUCUCUUUCUCCAGGUAAUUUCGGGGAUCGUUACUUUGGGACGGAUGCUCCCUCGGACUGGUACGAGAGUGAUGAAGGGAUGGACUACUGAACUGUUUUGGAAGAGGAAGGAGGGGCGGUCAGCACACGAGCACAUAGCCAUGCAUGCCCUUGACCAGCUCCUAAGAGCUCCGGACCUCCCCCUCAGCACCCCUCUACUGCCCAUCAUCUUGGGCCCCGCCCCUGUGCCAAUUCCUCCCCUCUGAGCGAGGUGAAAGGUCAUGAGGCUACCUACCCUCCUGAGCACCACCCCUGUGCCAACUCCUCCCCUCUGAACGAGGUGAAAGGUCAUGAGGCUACCUACCCUCCUGAGGAGGAAACG